AUGUUGAAUUCAAAGGUUUAUUUCUUUCUAUAGUAUAAGAAAAACAAUUUAUUUCUAUUUCUAUAGUAUAAGAAAAACAAAUAGUAUAAGAAAAACAAAUCGAAUCAAAUUCAUGGAUUUACCACGACCUCGGUUGUGACUGUGACUCCAUAGAUAAAAAUGGGAAAUUUCUCUCUUCGAGACCAUUGAAAAAGGGCAUUGAACGAGAAAGAAAUCGUCCACAUAUAAUAAAACUAUCAUAUGCCUUGGAAAGUGAUAUGAGGUGCUCGGAAAUGGUUGAAGUAAUUGAAUAGGAGGAUCACUAUGACUAUAGCCCUUGGUAGAAUUCCUAAAGAAGAAAAUGAUCUAUUUGAUACUAUGGAUGACUGGUUACGAAGGGACCGUUUCGUUUUUGUAGGAUGGUCUGGCCUAUUGCUCUUUCCUUGUGCUUAUUUCGCUUUAGGGGGUUGGUUUACAGGGACAACUUUUGUAACUUCUUGGUAUACCCAUGGAUUGGCUAGUUCCUAUUUGGAAGGUUGUAAUUUCUUAACCGCAGCAGUUUCUACCCCUGCCAAUAGUUUAGCACACUCUUUGUUGCUACUAUGGGGGCCCGAAGCACAAGGAGAUUUUACUCGUUGGUGUCAAUUAGGCGGUCUAUGGACUUUUGUAGCUCUCCACGGGGCUUUUGCACUAAUAGGUUUCAUGUUACGCCAAUUUGAACUUGCUCGGUCUGUUCAAUUGCGGCCUUAUAAUGCAAUCUCAUUCUCUGGUCCAAUUGCUGUUUUUGUUUCUGUAUUCCUUAUUUAUCCACUGGGGCAAUCUGGUUGGUUCUUUGCGCCGAGUUUUGGCGUAGCAGCGAUAUUUCGAUUCAUCCUUUUCUUCCAAGGAUUUCAUAAUUGGACGUUGAACCCAUUUCAUAUGAUGGGAGUUGCCGGAGUAUUAGGUGCGGCUCUGCUAUGCGCUAUUCAUGGAGCGACCGUAGAAAACACUCUAUUUGAGGACGGUGAUGGUGCAAAUACCUUCCGUGCUUUUAACCCAACUCAAGCUGAAGAAACUUAUUCAAUGGUCACUGCUAACCGCUUUUGGUCCCAAAUCUUUGGUGUUGCUUUUUCCAAUAAACGUUGGUUACAUUUCUUUAUGCUAUUUGUACCCGUCACCGGUUUAUGGAUGAGUGCUAUUGGCGUAGUUGGCUUGGCUCUGAACUUACGUGCCUAUGACUUUGUUUCCCAGGAAAUCCGUGCAGCGGAAGAUCCUGAAUUUGAGACUUUCUACACCAAAAAUAUUCUUUUAAACGAGGGUAUUCGUGCGUGGAUGGCAGCUCAGGAUCAGCCUCAUGAAAAUCUUAUAUUCCCUGAGGAGGUUCUACCACGUGGAAACGCUCUUUAAUGGAACUUUCGUUUUAGCUGGUCGUGACCAAGAAACCACCGGCUUUGCUUGGUGGGCUGGGAAUGCCAGACUUAUCAAUUUGUCCGGUAAACUGCUUGGAGCUCAUGUAGCUCAUGCCGGAUUAAUCGUAUUCUGGGCCGGAGCAAUGAACCUAUUUGAAGUGGCCCAUUUCGUACCAGAAAAGCCCAUGUAUGAACAAGGGUUGAUUUUACUUCCACACUUAGCUACUCUAGGUUGGGGAGUAGGGCCAGGGGGGGAAGUUCUAGAUACUUUUCCGUACUUUGUAUCUGGCGUACUUCACCUAAUUUCCUCCGCAGUCUUAGGCUUCGGUGGCAUUUAUCACGCGCUUCUGGGACCCGAGACUCUUGAGGAA